UUUACAACAGGGGGGCGGGGUCAGGGUCGGCCGGGGCGGGCGGUGCUUUCGCUCGCCCAUGCCCCCUUCUGCCCUCUCGGCUCGCUGCGGGGGGAAGAAGCGUGAACUUGAACGCUGCUGUCUGCUUCUACACCCACUCAGUGCCAGUCCAGGCGGAGGCCAGUCUGUCUUAUCUGUCCGUCCCCGCCGGUCGACUGUCGGUCAGCUUAUCGGAGCCGGAGCAGCUGGAAAGGAGGGGAGGGUCUGCUUCUAGAGGGGUUUGGGGACCCAAGAGAGGUGCCAAACGACGCGACGCGAUGUCCAGGCGCAAACUUGGGAGCCGACCGCAGCACCUGAGCGCAAUUCAAGACCCAGAUGGACGUGACAUGGCGGAAGUCACAGACUCAUCCGGCGACCACCUUCCUCCUCCCCCUCCUCCUCCUCCUCCACAGGUUGGAGGCCCUGAAGAAGGCCGUGACCUGCUAACCUGUGGCCAGUGCAGCCAGGCCUUCCCCCUCGCUCACAUCCUGGCGUUCAUCCAGCACAAGCAGGGCGGCUGCGUCUCACAAAGCCAAGCCGGCGGCGCCGCUCCCCCCUCGCCCGCCAGUCGAGCCGGGCGCCAGAGGGUCACCGGCGUCGAGCCGAAACCCGGCUUCAUCGAGCUCCGAAGAGGGGCUUCCAGGGACCGGUCCUGGGGGGAAGAGGCCGGUCUGGGCGUGAAGGCGGGGCUCGGCAAAUCAGGAACGGACGAGCCUUCGUUUUUCACCUGCCUUCAGUGUGACGGUGUGUUUUGUUCAGCCUGGGCGCUCCUGCAACACGCUCAGCACACGCACUCCUUCAGCAUCUACCAAGAGGACGAGGAGGACGAUGCAUACAUGGGAGGAAGAGAGAACAAACCCACAGCAGCCGUUCUUGACCCGCGCCGCCUGAACCAAGCUCUCGCCUCCGCCUUUCAGCCCUCGGCCCUGCGGCGCUCCCACCAGAGCCACGCCACCUCGGCCGGCCUCCAGGCCAUGAACUUCUCAGUGCGGCUCAGGGAGCUCGCUGAGGGGAACAACACCGACGGCAGCUAUCCCACGGGCCCCAUGUUGUCCCCGUCCUCGUCUCCGCCAGCGGCUUCCACGUUUCCCCAGACCGGCACCCUCCAGGCCGACUUCCACUGUGAGCUGUGCAACCAGAACUUCCACUCGCUGCGCGCGCUGUCUGCCCACCGCCGCACUCACGCCUGCGACCGGCCCUAUCACUGCGGCGUGUGCGGGCAGGCCUUCGCUCAGAGCGGCCAGCUGGCUCGCCACAUAAGGAGCCACCACAGGGUGACUGCAGGCGGAGGAAGUGGAUGCGAGUCUGUGGAGACGGGCGUAAUGGAAGAGGAUGUCGGGAGGCAAGGGGUUAGCGGCAGGCUUCAGGGGGCGGGGAUGGUGGGGAAGGAGCUGGACCUGACCCUCCCCAAACAUCCCUCCGUAGCUUCAGGUCUAAUGCUGUUAAACUCCCAGCUCAGACCGUCUGACAGGGAGCUACUGAGGCUAUACCAGCACCACAGAGCCGGAGGUGAGGAGGCGGCGGAGGGGCAGGGGGAGCCGCAGCCCGCCUCCCCCUGCGCGAGCCCCUCCGAAGGCUCCCUGGAGAGCGGAGAGACGGGCGGGAGCGGCGAAAGCGGCAUCGCCAGUGGCAACUGCACACCCAAGCGCCCGGAAAUGGGCGAGAGGGCACGCGGAGUCGGAGAGUGGGAGAGCGAGCGGGUGGAGCUUGUCGAGAGGGAGAAGGAGUGGGGCUCGGGCGUGCAGGAGUGGCAGAGGGACUUUGAGCGGAGGGGCGCCGUGGGGGGAGCUGCCACGGCCGGUGCGACCGGCAACUCUGCUCCCGGCUCCACCGGGAAGAAGAAGAAAGACGAGGCCUGCGAGUUCUGCGGCAAGCAGUUCAGGAACAGCAGCAACCUGACCGUGCACCGCCGCAGCCACACGGGCGAGAGGCCGUACCGCUGUGGCCUCUGCAACUACGCCUGCGCUCAGAGCUCCAAGCUGACGCGCCACAUGAAGACCCACGGCGCCCAGGGGGCCAAGGCCUCCUUCCUGUGCCAGCUGUGCGCCGUGCCCUUCACCGUGUACGCCACGCUGGAGAAGCACCUGAAGAAGGUCCACGGUCUGAACCACGCCAGCGUGGGGGCUUACGCGCAGGCCAGCGCUGCGGAUACCUUGGCCGCUCUGAGGGCGGGAGAGGAGACGGGAGCGGCGGCGGCGGUGGUGGUGAAGAUGGAGGAAGACGAGGCGAGCUUGGAGAGCAAGGCGCAGGGCGACGCCGUGAGAGACAUGGAUGUGGAAGAAGGCAGAGCGAGUCCAGCUACAGGGGAGGAUCUCCCAUAUGAGAGCGGUGCAGAGGCGAGCCUCGCUUUGGCUCACUGAAAACCGUCAACAAAAUCGAUUUAAACCGGCGCAAAGCAAAGACGCCGCGUCACAGUCGGCGGCGGCAGGUCGCCCCGGCGCCCAGGCCCGCUGCAGCCAGCAGUUGUUCAUAAUCAAAUGCAAAGCUGCUGGCUGAAACUAAGUGCCUACAGUUCUUCAGACCGCAGAGAAAAACAAGUCCGUGACAUUCAGCAGGGAGAUUACCAUACCUCGUGAACAGGAAGUGAACUGCCGCGGUCCACACCAACACAGGAAACCGAUCACCAUGCUGCAGCGCAGAAUGCAAAAAGAAUAGACGCGUUUCAUGUGAGCGACCGACUGGUCAGACGGAGACGCGUCGUCCCUAUCAGAACAGAUGCUGACUUAAACAAAAAAGAGCAAUAUUAUGAUAUGCAGCACUGAUGAGUAGAGAGAGAGAGAGAGGUCAGACUGUGCUGUUCUCUGUGGAGAAGACCUUUUAAAGACUUUGGAGCAGUAAGCGCGCGGCUGAACUGAAUCCAAACACUGUCCGCCUGUAGUUUGUCACUCUUUUUUUUUUUUUUUUUUAAAGGCGCUUGCUUGUCACAACACUUGUCACUUAAUGUUUACAAGGCUGACGGGGCUGAGCGAGGCUCUGCUCCUGACUUUGUGAAUAGAUGCGGCAGCAGCAGCAGCGGUGGAUUGAAAAAAGUUUACACACCUCCUGUUAAAAUGCCAAGUUUCUGUGACCUGAAAACGACGAGACCGCGACAGAUCAUUUCAGAACGUAAAUGGGUGUGAUUCAACCGAAAGACGACGACGUUGUGUUGGAGGGAGGAAUGGAAACAGAAAAAGAAAAAAAGAAAUUCUGUUUGCAAGAGAGUGCACACCCUUAACCGAACGUUCAGUUUCAACGUUCAGUCUUCUUUGAUAGGAGUCACUCAGCGUCUCAGACACCGAACUGGUCAUAUUGGCGCGCCGUCGCUUUUCUUAUGGUGAAAUUCGUCCUUCAGGCCACCGCAGCUUCUCCAGCUCUGCGAGGUUUGGGCCAGAACUGCAGGUGGUUUGAAAGGAAGCGGUCCUGCCUGUCACCGUUUGGUCCAGACAUGAGGAGAAUACAGUAGGUUGUUGUCCCAGUAGACCCGUUUCAGUCUUUAGUCCUUUUUAUCGGUAAUGGAGAAACCUCCAGUUUUAAUAAUCCCACUGCUUCACAUCUUCCCCAAUUAUUGCUGACUCUCUGAUGUCGAUGCUGUGUAGCUAUACAGUAAAGCUUAAAAUUAUUCAUACACUUCGCAGAGUUUCUAUUAAAAAUUAUUGGUAUUCAACCAAGACGUCCUUUUGAAAUGAAGUGAACUGGGAAUUUGUUUAAAAGAUAAUCAUGUGAAAGAAGUAUUGAUUUCUGAAGUUUAUUUACCUUUGGUAAAAAAAUAAUACAUUUUUUCUCAAUUACCAGUGAAAAAAAAUCAUGAUUACAGAAUUUAAACUCUUAUUGCUCAGCAGCUUUUUGCAUGUUUCCUCUGAUAUUUUGUUUAUUUAUCUGUUGAGCUCCAAGCCUCUACUGUGGGAAGGCCUCCUUGCCAUCACCCUAAUCUUUAGCUCCCUUCACAGAUUGGCAAAACGUGAACAUGAUAGACAAUCUAAUCACUUAUCUCCAAUCAGAAUAAGCAUGUUGGUCAAAUUACUUUAACCCCAACCCUAAAUCUGCCCUUGUGUGUGAAUAAUUUUAAAUGUUUUCUAUGGAUUAUUAUUAUUAUUAUUAUUGUACCCUUCUCCUAACCUGAGAUCCUUGUUAACGGAUCGCCGCGGCUUCCGCUAAACGUCACAAAAUUCCUGUUAGGACGGCUGAUAUUGAUGCGAGGUGUGAACUCAAGAAGACUGAAUGCUGGACUGGAAUCAAAAAGUUAGUUUAAUGGUGUGCACACUUUUGCACCCAUUUUAUUGCAGCUUAUUUACCAUCCAUUGCCCCUCCUGACCAGUUUGUAUGUUUUUCAGGUGAAUAAUUCAGGGUACAUGUUGCCUUAAACUGCUGAAAUUAUUCUUUUAGAUCUUAAAAAACUGGUAUUUUAACAGGAUGAUGUGUAGACUUUUUUUUAAAAAAAGAAAAAGAAAAUCCACUGCUCAUGGAUCAUGUUGUCUGUGCUUUUCUAAUUUUUUAUAAAUGUGAAUAUAGAGACUUUAAAGUCUCAUCUGCUGAUGUUUUGUAAGAUUAGUUUCUAUGCAUAAAAAAAAUAAAAAGCCAGCAAUUUUUACAUACAUGUGAAACGGGUGCGUAUUGUUUCCCCUCUGUACUGUUGUGACGGUAAUUCCUCUCUUUUAUAGUUUACAUGGGUAAAGUGCUGGACUGCAGCGGGAAGCUAAUGCAUGUUUCGUAGCAUAAUUUCUGUUGCUAGCUGUCUUUGGAUUCGUCCUAAUUUAUGGAUGCUGCAUGUCGGUGGUUCCUUUGUUUCAUGGCUGAGCUACAGGGUUGAGGGAACGUCAGCCUGCCAAGCGAGCACUUAGGCGUGUGAGUUUUGAGAGGGUGUGGAAAUUAGCUAAUCAUCAAUGGUCAUAAUCAUGGUGUAGUUUCUGGUUCUUUGCGACCAGUUUUAAAACCCAAGUUAAUCUUCACAAAAAUCCGCUCAGUUUGACAGUAAAACCUCAAGGAAUAUGUACUUUUUUUUUUUUUUUUUGACCUCUGAAUCCAUUCAGGUCGUUAAAACUGUGUUUGUGUUUUCUGUUUAAAAGCGAUAUAAUGAGUGAGCGCAGUGUAACUGUUCAGGGAUGAUAUUGUUGUGUGUGUCUGUACAUAUAUAUAUGUGUAUAUAUUGAUAUAUAUAUUAUUUUUUUUCUUGCUGUUCUUGUUGUGGAUACUUGCCUGCCCCUGUUACAUGUCACCCACUUUUUCAGCACGGCUGAAAUUUUCCUUCUUUCUUUCUUUUUUUUUUUUUUUUUUUAAAUGCCCAGAAGUGUCUGUCACUUCCACGGUCUGUGAAAAGGAUGUAAUUUUGUUAUUGACCUCAUGGCUCCACCUCAAUAAAGAAUUGAGGUAAAAUA